AUGUCUUAUCCUUCCCUAGCUCGCAAGGUCUUCAUCGUCACGGGGGGAGCCUCGGGAAUUGGGCUUGCGACUGUACGCAAGCUUAUCGCCAACCAAGCUGUGGUUCAUAUUGUCGACCGGGUCGCCACACCUCCUGAGGAGGUCAAAGGACUGACAAAUGAACAUGUCCACUUCCAUGGCGGCAUUGACAUCAGUUCACGUCAGCAAGUCACCGAGCUUUACGACCAGAUAACAUCCCUAUCUAAGCAGGUGGAUGGCCUCGUCAACUCAGCCGGUAUCUGCCCAACAGGGAACGGCUAUUUUGAACCCGAUGAUGUCUUCCAGAAGAUCCUGACCGUAAACGUGGUCGGGGCCUGGAACAUGACGACUGCUCUCUUGAAGAUGAUUCACGAAGAAACGCCGAAUCAUGGUCCACCUACAGCGGGACCACCCCCUGAGGGUCGGGCAAGCAUUGUCAACAUCGGUUCUAGUGCAUCGCUGACACCAUUCCCGAUGCUGACAGGCUAUAUUGCCAGUAAGCACGCGCUGUUGGGCCUGACCCGUUCGUGGGCUCUGGAUUGGAUUCAUGUUGGUGUUCGAACCAAUCUUGUAGCACCCGGUGGAACAGACACGCCGAUGGCUAGGGCACAAUGGAUUGAUUCGGCUCGGCAGGGAGCUGGUACUAAGCUAGGGGGCAGUGAUAUCCCCAACAGGCAGAAGCCAAUGGGGCGAUCUGCCACGGCUGAGGAGCAAGCUGACAGUGUCAUUUUUCUUCUGAGUGACAACUCUUCAUACAUCAAUGGACAGGUCAUUCCAGUUAACGGUGGCUAUCCCAAUCAUUGA